AUGGUCAUUGUGUUCCUCACCGUUCUAGCUAUCCUUCCUGUCGUAAUAUUCAUGACUACCAAACGGGUCCGCAUUAGAGUAAUCAAACUCGAGUCCUAUUGGGAAACUCUCAUUUGGACGUGUCAUCUCUGGAGGUCCAAGCUGAUCUUUCCAAACACUCUUGCCGACUGGUACCACAAGGACUUGGAAAACAUGGACGCCGACUUAAUCUAUGUACAAAGCAUUUGGUUAUUUCUACUUCCUUUCUUUGCUUCACGAGGAUAUACAAUGUAUCAAAGAGACCCCGACAGCUUUGGUGAUUUAAAUCCUCCUCAUUCCCCCCCUUCCACAAAGACUACGAUGUACCCUUAUGCUCGCCAGGUCCCAAGCAGAAAUCUCAACCCAAGGAAAGCAUGGUCGAUACGUAUCUGGGCAGCUCGAGAUUCUCUUGGAAGGGAUGUUAUAAUCAAGGUGGUAUCGGAGGUAGAAAAAGAAUCUAAUGAACUGAAGGUCUUGAAACUCCUUAACAGCAAAAAGUUACGAGCGGAUCCAGCGAACCAUACCAUUCAUGCUAUCGAAUACAUCACUUUCGACAGAUUCAUUUUUGUAGUGAUGCCCAGAUGGGAUAGUUCCAUCCUCCCUGAAUUCGAUAACGUUUCCGAGCUUUUGUCGUAUGCAAAAACAGUUUUCGAAAACAUUGGGAUGAAUGUCGUCUUGGAAUCAUCCGAAACGAUUCGUAGAACAGGACUACGAGACCCAAAGGAAGUUCAAUAUGCCCUCUUUGAUUUUGGUGGCUCCAUGAUUUUCCCGGAUGAUACUGUUAUUGAAGAGGCACGGAUCUCGCGACGUGACCUCAACUUUCAUUUGCACGGUGUGCCCCCUAAUUCAGUUACAUAUCCGUACAAUCCAUUUCGAAUGGACGUUGCUUUCAUGGGCACAUGUCUUCAAACAUAUGUCAGGCACCUUGAACACAAAAUUCCUGAACUGGGGCCAUUCUUCGACUUGUUAGUUGACGCAAAUGACCCCAAUCAACUUUCAGCUAGUCAGGCCUUUGCUCGCUUCACGGAUAUAUGCAACAGUCUGAAUUCUGAGGUGACAAAUGCGCCUGUUGAAUUAUUCACAUGGCAACAUGGUAUGUAA